GCCCAGCCGCAGGGCCCAGCUGCCUAGGCCUGGUUCCUGGUUGGACGAAGGGCCUUUUUUCGGCAGCGCCUGGUGCCGCGCUGAAGCGGGGGUGCCUCCGGCCCUGCUGGGCCUUAUUAGGCUUUCCCGCCCUCCCGCACACCUCCCCGCCGAUUUCCGAGGCCGGAUCUGGCCUUCUUUUGUCCUCGGCGGCCCUCCCUGCGAAGCGGGGAGGCCUGGUGUCUGGCGGGGCUGCAGGCAGGCAGGCGCGGCCUAACUUGGGCCUGGGUGCAGGCCCGUUGUGUUCAGCCGCCUUUCCCUGCUCCGUUUUGGCGGGAAUGCCAUUUUCCGGGCUUCAAUUGCUCACGCAGGCCAUCUAGUGGCUGUUCUGAGGCACUGCAGCCUGUUUUAUUAUUGCUUUAUUGCAGCCUCCCUGAUUUAAAUUGCUCAUGCACACCCUCUAGUGGCCAUUCUGAGCCACUGCAGCCUGUUUUAUUAUUGCUUUAUUUAGGCUCAUAAUUGCUGCCAUCUGGUGGCCAUUCUGAGCAUUGCUGCCUCCCUGAUUUAAUUAUAAAGAAAUACUUUAGACUGUAAACUGCUGCCACUUUGUGGACAUUCUGUGCAUUGCAGCCUGUUGUUUUAUUUUAGUACAGGGAAGCUAAUUUGCUGCCAGCUAGUGGCCAAUAAAGGAAAAGGCACCUUCUGGUUAAUUGGAUGCUCCUUAAUUAAGUAGCUUACUGUUUUAUUUUGGUUCAUUUUGUGAUCGCCAGGUAUCUGGGGUGCAUUAACUUCUUUUCUCGUGUUGAUAUUUCUUUUUCUUGGUAGCCAUCAUGUCUCCGAAGAGAGUCCCAGCGCAGCCUGCCUUGACCGUUCCACCUAAAAGGACCAUUCAGGGACCUUCUCAGUUGCUUCGAUCCCCCUCGACUGGUCAAGCCUCAGGGUGUCUGCAAUCUUUGGUUUCGAGCCUGGCGGGUGAUCCAGCUGCUUUGGCUCGCUUUGCUUCUGAAGUAGAUAGCCUGAUCCAACGCUGUAGCGCCGGGCCUAGCCAGCAACCAGCGGUGACCACUGCGGCUGCAGUUUCUUCACUUUCUGAUUCCGCAUCUAGCGAUGAAAAUGAUCUGCCCAUGUCUGGUGUUUUGUUUUCUGAUUCUCAGUUUUCUCGGAAUGCGGGCUCAGCCCCUGCAUUCACACGCGGGAGGGCAGAACCCCUUCUCGGCGCACAACCGGGAGGGGGCGACGGGGAAAGGCCCCUUCUAGGUGUGGGGGGUCUUCUAGGCCAGGGUCAGCUUUGCAACCCUUACCUAGUACCUCCGUGGGUUCUGAUCAGUCACCUGCCACCUCUUCUCAGUCUGUCCCAGGCGCUGCACUUCAGGGUCCAGCAUCAGAGUCUUCUGAGGAGGACAGCCUACCUGUGCCAGCCAAGUCCUCUUCGGGCGGCACACGCCGCCGCAAGAAGUCUUCCGGAAAGCGUGCGAAGAGAAGGCAGAGGGACACCUCCUCUUCAUCGACAGGUACAUCUUCGCAGAGUUCAGAGUCUGAGUCAGAGGCCGCCUCAGAAUUUUAUUGGGGUCUGGGAGAAUCGGCCUCUGGUUUCCCCAAAUGGAUUUGGGAGCGGAGGGCCAACUCCCAUCAAGCAAAAUAUGGGGCCACUCAGGAAUACUUAGAUGGGGUGUUGUUACCUGAUAUUAAGAAGUCGACUAAUUCGGCUAGGGAUGUGAUCCCAGGGUGUCACCUUUCAAAGAAGUUGAGAAGUAGGAUAUUGAAUGGUCGCUAUGUCGACAUGUUCAAACUGAGCCCUCCAGUAGACAGUUCGCAGGCCCAAGAGAAGUCAGUUCUAUCCUCUAAGAAACGGGCUGCUGAUUCUAAAGUGGAUAGAACCUUCGAGCGCUGGUUGGAUUGUUUCCAGGUUUUUGCCGGGAUCGUUUCAGCAUGUUAUCCCAAGAGAGCGCUUCAUUUAAUUGUCUACCAGUCCAUCGUACGUAAGGCGUUCGAAAUGGCUGGUCAGAAUGCUGCCUUUGAUUAUGAUGAGAAUUUCAGAAGAAGGGCAGCAAAAAUUCCCACGGCCCGAUGGGAUCGGAGGGAUUUGGAUGUAUGGACCACUUAUGUGGCCCCUCAGUUUGAAAAGAAGACCCCUGAACCUCAAAAGCCAAAAACAGGAGGUUUAAAAAGCGCUUGUAUUGCUGGGAUUACAGUAAAGGCUCUUGCCAGCAACAACCAUGUAGGUUUCCUCAUGUCUGCGAAAAAUGUGGUGGCAACCACCCGGGCUCCACUUGCUUUGGCGGCCGGCGGCCCUUUCGUGGGGGAAAAGGGGGGGUCACAAGCUGCAAAAGCGGCCCCCCCUCAAGCAGCAGCUGGCGCUUCUAAGUGAGGCGGAUAUGGUUUUAGCUUAUACGCCAGUACGGCUUCCAGAAUUGGUUCAUUGGUUGCAGUUUUACCCUAACCGUGAGGCAGCUGCUUAUUUACAGGAGGGCUUUUCUUCUGGUUUUAGGAUUCCGGUAGCUACGGUCCCCGUAGCACGGAAUCCAGUUAAUCAGCAGUCAGUUAGGGAAAGGCAUGAAGUGGCACGUAAAAAGAUAGAAAUUGCCUUAUGUCAUAUGGCAGGCCCCUUCCUGGCUCUUCCUUUCGCUAAUCUGCAUCUCUCCCCCUUGGGAAUUGUUCCGAAGAAAGCCCCUGGGGAAUUUCGCCUUAUUCAUAACUUAUCACACCCCAGGGGUUCAUCAGUAAAUGACGCUAUCCCCCCGGAGCUUUGUUCGGUAAAAUACGCUACUCUUGAUCAUGCGAUCAAGAUGAUCAGAAAAUUUGGGACAGGUGCCCUGCUGGCGAAAUGCGACAUUGAGUCUGCUUUUCGUUUGUUGCCAAUUAAUCCUCAGGAUUUCUGGCUUUUAGGGUUCCAGUUUGAAGGGGCAUUUUAUUUUGCCAAAGCCAUGCCCAUGGGCUGCUCAAUUUCAUGCGCAGCUUUCGAGUGCUUUAGUACUUUUCUCGACUGGGCCUUGCGUUUUAAAACCGACCUGGAUGGGGUGACCCAUUUUUUGGAUGACUUUUUACUGGCCUCGGUGAGGGACACGGGUGACUGCCUGGCCCUGCUUCAGGCUUUCGCAUCUCUUACGGAAGAGUUGGGUGUCCCAUUGGCAUCGGAUAAAACCGAGGGACCUUCCACUCAAUUGACUUAUUUAGGUAUCCAAUUGGAUACAGUUGCAUCUACAUCUCGCUUACCUGAGGACAAAUUGGUUAAUUUGCGAAGGAUAAUAGAGGAGUUGCUCCCAUUACGUAAGGUGACAUUGCGUCAGUUGCAGUCCUUAUUAGGCCACCUUAAUUUUGCAUGCAGGGUGGUGGCUCCCGGUCGCCCAUUCUGUGCGCGCCUGGCCAGGCUUACGGCCGGCUUGCGUGCCCCUCAUCAUCGGGUGCAGCUGUCACCUGGUGUAAAGGCGGAUUUGCAGUUAUGGCUUGAAUUCUUGAAUGAAUUCAAUGGGGUGUCAUUAUGGCAGGACACUUUGAACCUCCAUAAUGACUUCCAAGUGCAUUCUGAUGCAGCAGGCUCUCUGGGUUUUGGGCUAUACUGGAAAGGUCGUUGGUGCGCAUUGCCCUGGCCGCCAUCGUGGCGAGGGGGAGCCUAUUACGCGGGACUUAACUUUUCUUGAGUUCUUUCCCAUUGCAGUGGCAGUGCACCUGUGGGUCAAGGAAUUCAAGGACCAUCGAGUCUGUUUCUGGUCCGAUAACCAGGCCAUUGUGAACGUGUUGGCAAAACAGUCGUCCCGUUCAGCCAGGGUAUCGGCCCUUCUCAGGGCUUUUGUUUUGCAUUGCCUGCGCUUUAACAUUGUGUUUUCAGCACGAUUCAUCCCUGGCGUUUCUAACGAAAUCGCUGAUGCUCUGUCCCGUUUUCAGAUGGAGCGGUUCAGGUCCCUUGCUCCAGAGGCGAAUCUGCUGCCAGAAAAUUUCCCGGAUCAUCUCUGGAACCUUGGCAGCAAUUAGUCUUACAGGGAGUAGCCGCGUCCAUUUCACCUUCCACUCUGCGCUCAUAUAAUCGAGCUUGGACUGACUUUUUAAAAUGUUGUUGUCAGUCUUUGUCUAUGGAGAUUUUGUCAUCUCCUUCUACUUCACAGGUGCUGCAGUAUUUGGCGCACCUUUUACAAUUUUGUCGAGUGGCCAGGACGCUCAGGAUCCAAGCAGCGGCCAUCUCCUUUUUCUGUAAAGCCUUCUUUAAUAAGGAUCCUUCCGCCAAAUUUGUUGUGCGCAGGGCUCUGGAAGGUUGGGGGAGGCUUGGAACUCGACCCCCUUUGGUAAGAAAGCCUAUAACUUUUGAUUUGCUUACCAGCAUGCGCUCGAAGUUGAGGAGCGUCUGCUGGUCCAGAUAUGAAGCGCGGCUUUUUUCAGCAGCAUUUUCUUUGGCCUUUUUUGGUGCCCUGAGGGUAGGUGAGGUGGUAUUGGAGGUCAUCCGGGGCAGAGAGUCUAGGGGUUUGCUUUUGCAGGACGUAACUCUAUCCCCUUCGGAGGUGGUCCUAUCUAUCCGGAAUUCAAAGACAGACCAGUUAGACGGGGUGCUACUCUUAGGCUCCCCGCCACUGGGGGUAAAGGUCCUUGCCCGGUUAAGGAUACCUCCAAAUAUUUGAACCUUAGGCCUCGGGGGGAGGGUCCCUUCUUUAUUCACGAGAAUGGUGCCCCAUUGGCCAGGCAUCAAUUUGCCAAGGUAAUGCGCAAAGUGAUUGCAGCUUGUGGUUUGACGGCAGCAGAUUACGCCCCUCAUUCUUUCUGCAUUGGUGCUGCCACUUCGGCAGCUCAUUGGGAGUUGUCUGUAGAAAGAAUUAAGAACAUGGGUUGUUGGAAGUCUAAUGCGUUUCGCGGCUAUGUGCAUAGCCAUCGUUGAUUGCUUGUACUUACAUUUGCUUGUCUUUCUUAGGUGUGGCGGCUGUUUGCAUUUGGAUGGUGGGCCACAGCAUUGUCCACUGGGCCAGCAUCAGAGCGAGGGAGUCUGGACUUGGACCCAGUCUUGGCCUGCCUCAUUACGUGCAGGUGUCCUGGCUGACCAGACGUGGAAUGCUGUGGGCCGAAUUGCUUCCCCUUGUUCGGAAGCACGUGAGGUUGGAAGGGCCCCCUUCAGCUGUCGUGCUCCAGUUGGGGGAAAACGAUCUGCCCGCCACCACAGACUGUUGUUCUUUACGCUUUACAAUUCAAAGGGACUUAGUUGAAUUGGCAGAGUUUUUACCAGGUAUGAAAGUUUUUUGGUCCCAGUUGCUGCAGAGGCGCACCUGGCAUGGCAGUCGCUGUCCAGCUGCCACUGAAGGAGCCAGAAAGCGCGUUAAUAAGGUGGCAAUGAAAACAGUCAUUGCUCAUGGUGGUUCCGUGAUUGCGCACCCCAAUAUCACCUUCAUGGAGGCCGUCCUUUUCAGGGACGAUGGUGUGCAUCUUUCCCCGUUGGGAAAUGACACAUGGUUAAAUUCUGUUGUGUUGGGUUUGAAGGUGGGGUUGCAGUUGUGAGUGGUUGGCGGCAAGCUUGAGUGCUCGGUGGCGGUUAGGCAUUGGUUUAUGGUUUGGUUGGUUGAGGGGCAUGGAUUGGCUGUGCCUGCCCCUCUAAUGCUGCUGCUGCAAGGGAUUCCGUUAAAGGAAUUGGGAGCUAACUAUUGCUUGUCCACUCUGUCAAGGGGGCUCGGGCCAUAGCAAUGAGCUCCUGGUUGCAUUUGGGGUGAGGGCAGGUCCCUGCUCCGCGUAACCCCCAAGUGUAUUCCCCCAUUCUGACUUUCGCAUCAUGCGGAAUGUCAGUCUGUCCCCCAUGGUGGGGGCAGAUAGUCGCAACCAAUGCCUACGCAACCACUCACAAAUUUGUAUUUUAAUAAAGUUGUGGCCAGAAUUAUGCCAAAAAUCUUAAACAAAGACUUCUGUGUGAUGGGUGAGUUAUUGGGGUGGACCUGGGGACCUCGACAUGCAAAUACCAGAACAGUUAUUAUAGAGGCUUUAGUGAGCCUGAGCAAACGCAUCCGUUGCAAAGUUUAAAAUAAGGGGAAUGUUACUCUGCUGAAAUUGUGGAACUUGUUAACACAAGUUGGAUAAGGAUAUAAUCAGACAAUAUAUCCUCUCCUGCAUCCCUGAACAUUCCCACAGAAAUAUUAUUGGCCCAAAAAUGGAAGCAAGAAGAACUACCAACAUUAGAAGAAUGGAGGAUGAAAUUGAUAGACUACGCAGAAUUAGACAAGCUAACAGGAAGGAUCCAAGACCGGCGGGACCAGAGGUUUACCGAAGACUGGACUAAAUUUACUGAGUAUUUGAAAAGUAUUUGUGAUGAUCAGAUUACGUUUGUAGGACUACAAGAAGUUCUGUGAGGAGUAAUUUAAGAAACAUUAUAAAAAUGGAAAGGGAGAAAUGAUUUGUUAGAAAAGGUAAAGGCAAUAUUAAGUUAAGAAGUGCAGGAGAAAUAAUCAAGACGGAAGACUAUCAGAGAUGCUGAAGGAAGUCCAAACAAGCACAUAUGUAUAAUAAUUUAUUGGGGGGGGGGGAGAACAUUCCCACAGAAACUACAACUAAUCCAGAAUGCAGCAGCUAGACUGGUGACUGGAAGCGGCCGCUGAGACCAUAUAACACCAGUCUUGAAAGACCUACACUGGCUCCCAGUACGUUUCCAAGCACAAUUCAAAGUGUUGGUGCUGACCUUUAAAGCCCUAAACAGCCUUGGUCCAAUAUACCUGAAGGAGCGUCUCCACCUCCAUUGUUCUGCUGGGACACUGAGAUCCAGCGCCGAGGGCCUUCUGGCGGUUCCCUCCCUGUGAGAAGCCAAGUUACAGCGAACCAGGCAGAGGGCCUUCUCGGUAGAGAAAAAUAACUACCAAACUUUUAGAAGACAUCUGAAGGCAGCCCUGUUUAGGGAAGCUUUUAAUGUUUAACAGGUUAUUGUAUUUUCGUAUUUUGUUGGAAGCAGCCCAGAGUGGGCGGGGUAUAAAUAAAUUAUUAUUGUUGUUGUU